AGAGGGUAGUCAACUUGGUUAUGUACAGAUAUUGAAACAUUGAUAUUCAUUUACCUAUCUUUAGAAUUUAGUCAUGGAUAUGGAGCCAUUGGCACCCGGCACCAAUGAGUUGUUGGGGCGGGUAAGGAAUCUAGUUAUGCAAACCGUAGAAUAUAAAACUUUGCUUCUAGCUGUAAAAAACAGUAAAGAACUUUAGGAAACCUCAAAUACCAAGCAAAGCAUAUAGAGCCAAUAUCAUGAAACUGGAGGGAUAGAACAGAAUCAUUUUGCAGUACUUGUCCCAAAAUGGAAGACGAAGGAGACUAUCCUGGUCCUGAAUCCGAUUUUGGUGGAAUCAACUUGAACGGGAGAAAUGUUGGGGCGGUGAUGGUAGCACCUAGGGAUGUAGACAUAGCGAGUCAAAGUGGUUGCAGGAUCAACAUCUACGUGAACAGCAACGUUCAAGCAACGUGUGGGUCAGCUUUGCUCGGUAGCAAGGUUAAGCUAAGAGAUCCCGGUGUUCAUCUCCAUAUCGAAGAUGUUAAAAUGACCCGCGAUGAUGACGGAUCUAAACAGAAGGAGAUGACGUUGAUGAAGGUUGGGCUAUGUUUAGUCUGUCUCUUUAACAUCUUUCUAGUACUCAUUAUCUUCUUCUCCUCUUGGUUCCUGAAGAAAACUGAUUCCGUAUAGAUCUCCCCAUCAACCGAUGAUCAUGCUAAGUGUAGUAAGAACGAUCCUCCCGUCCAUAAUUGUUUCCUCAAUUACUUAUCUGUGGUCUAAAUUUUAGAUUACAUCUCAUGUUGUAUUAAUUCACAUUAUUCAAGAUUGAGAUUAAGAUCAAUGCUAUAAGCCUAUAACCCAA